AUUUGGAGCUGCAUUGGCCCAGAUUUAAACUCGUCUUCAAUUUGUUCACAUCUACUAGAUUCAUCAAAUUCUUUGUAGAAUAAAUCGUUAAAAGCAGGAAAUGGAUUCCAAUGGAGUCAUCAAACAGCCAUUGACCGACUACAAAGAUAUAGUAUUUUUAAAUACAUUUAUAGAGCAGCUAUCUCCACAAAAGCUUGCAAUACAGCAAUCACAAAAGACGAAUGGAACCCAAAGCAUUUCAACAGCAAAUGCAUUCAGUCGGCCAGUUUCAGAUGAUGCAUGGAAUCAAGGUUUUAAUGGUGGAAACUUGGCUGAACGGGGUAAUCUGCAACAAGGAACUCUAUCACAACAUCAUCAUUCACAAGCUGAUAGAUCGAGUGCUUUAGUAAAGGAAUUUUACGCAUUUCAUAAACCAUUUACCCAUCAGCCACAUCCUAGACUGCUGAUUACUUCUGUGCAGAGUGCAGCACUGCUUUGUUGUGAUAUUGUAUCGUUGAAAUCUCCCUCGUCGCUGUCAUAUCUGACUGGAACACGACUUCAUUCCACUGCUAUUCCGUAUGCGCAAAACUAUGGAGGACAUCAGUACGGUAUGUAUGCUGGACAAUUAGGGGAUGGUCGGUGCGUUUCAAUCGGCGAGGUGAUGGACAAUCAUGGUGAGCGAUGGACACUACAGAUCAAAGGAUGCGGUACAACACAAUUUUCCCGCACUGGCGAUGGGCAUCUGUCACUGAGGGCAUGUCUACGUGAGUUUAUGGUCAGUGAAUACAUGGCUGCUAUUGGGAUCCCAACUACAAGAUGUCUGGCUGUUGUUUCUACUUCUCGUCUUUUACAGCCCGAAUCAGCGGGUAUUCUCACUCGCUUUGCGCCAACAUGGAUUCGAUUUGGUUCAUUUGAGCUCUUUCACUUCAGAAACGAUCACCAUAGAGUUCGUGAAUUGGCUGAUUAUUGUAUUCGCACGUAUUAUCCUGAAGCCGAAUCAGAUGCAGAAUCCAUCACAUCUGGUGCAUCGUCUCAUUCUAGCACUACACAAAACCCUGCUUCGCAAAUAAAGCGUUCCAGUCAAACUGCAGCACACAUAUUUAAUCCUCUUUCAAUUCCCUUGAACAAGUACGCUAUAUUUUUUCGGAUGGUGGUUAAACGAACAGCAGAGAUGGUUGCUCAUUGGCAAGCCAAUGGGUUUGUUCAUGGUAUGCUCAGUUCAAAUAAUCUUUCAAUUCUAGGGUUAACGCUCCACCACGGACCGGGAGGAUUUCUCGACUCUUACGAUCCUGAAUGGACACCAAACCAGUUUGAUACUGAGCGUCAAUACUGCUUAAAACAGCAGCCUAUAGCCGUGCAAUGGAAUCUUAUGCGCCUAGGGCGUGUCCUUUCUGACCUCAUUGGUGAAUCACACAUUUCUUCAACUUCCUCGGCACCCAUCUGUCUUCCCGCCGGAACCACACUUGAAGAAGCGUUGGACAACCCAUCCAAUGGUGAAAACAUUGCUCGAAAAAUCACUCAAGAAUUUGAAUCCUUUUUCAUUGAUUCAUUCACACAUCUCAUGUGUAAAAAACUCGGAUUGAUGGAUCCAAAACCCGCCGAUAUGGAUGAGCUCAUUACCCCACUUUUGGAUAUUAUGGCUGCUACAGGUGUGGAUUACACAUUAUUUUUCCGUGCCCUGUCUUAUUUUAAAUGUAAAGAUGCUGCGUUUUCUUUGCUAGUAGCGUAUGAGCCGUUUGGAAGGCAUCGGGAAGAUAUGCUGGAUGAAGCUGUACGCCUAUGGGCUUUGGUGUACCGAUCGAGACUCAUGAACGAGAUGGCGACAGAAAACCUCCCAUCUAGUGUUGAAACUGCCAUAGAUCGCGUCGAGGCUAUGGAUGCGUUCCGGAUGAACAAGAUGAAGCAUAUUAAUCCAAAAUACACUCUUCGUGGAUGGGUGUUGGAUGAGGUAGUUUCAAAAGCCGAGAUAGAGUGCAAAAUGGGUGCAGAUGGAUCUUUUAGUGAUCGAAAAAUACUUUCAAAUAGUGUGAUUACGCCUGGUGUAGAAGCAGAGCCUCAAAAAAAACUAGCGAAUGCAGAGUUGAAAUCACCCUACUCUUUACCUUUAACUUCUAAUCCACUUGCUCGGGAAAAUCAAGGUAAUUCAAUUAGCAAUGCUCCGACUAUUUUAAAGGAGUGUCAAGUUAAAGAAAUGCUUAUUUUUCGAGUCUAA